AUGGCCGACAUAUGGGAGCGCUCCCAGACGGUGGAUCCAGAAGUGCGCGCAUAUGUCUCCUCACUGGUAAAUGCGCUGGGAGGACGGUCGACCUACGAUGACACUUAUGCUGUGGGAGACGAUGCGCUCGCUGUGCUGAAGGACGUGCAACGAUGGCUACGACUGUACGACGAGAAGACGAACCGAUUGGACGUGAAGAGAGUUUUGGCAGAGGCGAAUCUGGUCAAGGGAGAUUUGUUGGAGAUUCUGUCGUUAUGGCCCGACGAUGCGCAGGACAACAAGCACAAGGCGAAGCUGGCAUUGGCAUGUUUGGAGCUGCUGGUGCCAUUGACUUGGCCGCUUUCACUCGAGAGUGAAACCGCAACAGUCAAUCACCACAGACAUGUGCCAUAUCUACAGUUGGCGCAAGUGGCAUACAAGAGAUCUGUUCUGCACUUCGAAUAUGCCAAGAUCUUGCGGACAGCAGUGCGUGUUGCGCUGCCAGCCAUGGCCACUCCCAAGCGCGACAGGACCAGGAGAGAUGAAGGUAUCAUCAAGCUGUGCUUAUACUUCUUCCGGAACAUCGCCAUGAUCACACAGCCACAACACCUUCCCUCGCAAGGAGACGAGAACGAGAUCAGCCGAUCAGCCGUCAUUGAGGCAUUCCAGGAUCAGGACAUCUUCAGUGUGCUGUUGACCAUCGGCUCUAGCAUGGGAGACGAAUUUCAAGAGCAGGAUGUCAUUGUGCUGGAGAUUUUAUUCCAUUUACUGAAAGGCGUAGACCCGCGCAAGCUGUUUAUGAAGAAGGAGCAAGUCGCGACUGAGGAGACGUCAGAGCUGAAGAGCUUGCUGCAGAAAGAGAAAGCGAUGCUGGACAGCUAUAAGAGACAUGCACCAACGCGGCAUAAUCGUUUCGGUACUAUGAUCUGGGUGCAGAGAGACGAUGCGAAGCUUUCGACCGUGUCUGGCCAGACUAGCAUGACCAACGAAGCAGAUACCCUUCGCCACAUGGACGCCAGCAAGAAAUGGAACAAGCCACAGUAUCGUGGGAAGCUCGCGCAAGAAUUCGAUGAGAAUUCUGAAUUCGGCAUGCGAAUAGAUCUGACGGAGCCUAGUCGAAAGCACUUGAGAAAAUUCGUCGAGGACUUCCUUGACUCCUCCUUCAAUCCGCUCUUUAGCAGUCUGCGAAAAGCAAUCGAGCGCGAAGCAGAUCGAGUCCAGGAGAGCAUGCAUCACAAGCAGUACUUCUACCUUAUGUCAUGGUUUUUGAAUGCCGAAGCUGCAAGGCGAGAUCGGUCUAGGAGAGAAGGUGCCUGGAAUGCAGACCGCGCAACUCAGACCAACCCAGAAGACAACACGUUCGCAUACAUCGCCGCUGUGCUUGAUCAGGAGACCUUCGUCCUUCUCAACAGGCAGAUGCAGACGGCAUUCGACAAUAAAAGCUGGCAGGACCUGCAAGCAACUCUGCUAUGCUUCACCCAAAUCCUGCUCACUGUUCAAAGCAUGAGCGAGAGCAAGGACGACGAAGAUCAGGAAAUUGCAGAAAACAUCCUACAUCGCAUUUUCUACGAGGAGUCAACCCAUGACAGGAUAGUGCAGAUUUUACGAGGCUACACCCACCAAGGCUUUGCCUACCUUGAUGCAGUCACAGAGUGCGUGCACGUCUUCAUACGCAUGUUGGAGCGAUAUAGCAAGCAAAAUGUGGACUUACAAAUACGCUCCAAGCGCCGCGCUCGAAAGAAGAAGCAACAGCAGGGCGGAGGCGGCGGCGACGAUGCCGAGGACGCUGCUGAAGAUGAACGAGAAGCGCAUCGUUCAGUGUCAGAGCGCAAGUUCGACUUUGCGAAAUUCGCUGCCAAGUUCCUCUCUCAGCCAUGCGUGAACACAUUCAUUUCCUUCAUCACCUACUACCGCGACUUGACACCGGUUCAGCUCAAGAGGGCGCAUCGUUUCCUCUACCGACUAGCUUUCAAGCACGAGCUCGCGGUGCUACUCUUCCGAGCAGACAUCCUCCAGCUCCUGCAUAGGCUCAUCAAGGGACCGGAAGGCCUUGAUCCUGGCAUGGAAGGCUUCAAGGACUGGGAGCAACUGGUUCAGCAGGUCUUCCGACGAUGCAUCAAAUGGAUCGAGAGGCCGACCGAAGGCGAAGGUUGGAGAGAAGCAGCGAUCGUCGAGAUGCUUUUCAGCAAAAUCCCGAAUACCAUGUUCUAUCUUCAGAACGGCUACGACAAAAUUGUUGAGAAGCGGGCUCCACGCCCUCCAGCAGAGCUAGAGAUGAAACCAUCUGUGCCCGAAGACCAGCGCAUCGGCAUCGCAACAAGCAUGCUGAUCGAGCAGGCCAAGGCUGAUGACCUCGAGUGGGUCAAGAAGCAACUUCAGGAGGCGGUCACUGAACGACAAGCUUGGGAAGACGAGCAAGCAGUCAGGUCAGGCAUGAUGGAUGAAGACGAGAACGCCGUCGCGCCAGCUAUCGAGAGACAGGCUCCCCCAUCAAUUUUCCUCCCUGCUGACACUGAUGAGCGAAAGCUGGCACUUUUCAAAGACAAGCAUCUACGACUUCUCCUUACGACUCUUGGUUGCCAAAGAUUGGGUCUGGCUGAAGACACCGACGCCGCUUGGAUAAUACCGUCAAGUCUCACUGCUUCACAACUUAGCGAAGCUCUGAAUCAGAUCAAGAAAGCAGAGUUCGAUCCUCCUUCGUUCGAAGAUGAAAAGACCGCUGCAGACUUCAUCCGAUCCAAAGCGAAAGGGCGCACCACAUUUGACGACAAUGACAGCGAUACUGAUGCGUCCGGCAGUGGCGGGGAGAUCAAUGAAGAGCUAUUUCCGCCCAACAUCCGUGAGAAGCGCAAGGCUAGAGAUGGCGAUGAUCGACCAAAGAAGAGACGAAAGCGGAACGCUAUCGAGCGCACUGAGGAAGAGUUGGAAGAGAAGAGAGUUGCACGAGACAAGAAGGAACGUGAGAAGAACGCCAAGAUCAAGUCAAAACUCUACAUCACAGCAUCAGACGAUGAGAGUGACGCCGAAGCGGACGCCGAGUUCUUCAGACUCGAGGAAGAGAGACGAAAGAAGACUGACGGUGUUAUUCGCAACAUGCUCGUCAAGCACAUGGAGCAAGCCGAAGACACAGCUGUUGAGGAAGUUGAGAAAGGACAGAAAGGGAGCAAGAAGAAAGUGGCGCCGAAAACUGCCGCCAAGAAAGCUGUCAAGAAGGCAAAAGCCAAGAAGAAGAAGCCGGACGAUGGCGAAGAUCAGAUCAUGAUCGAUGCCGGGGAUGAGUCAAGUGAAUCCAACAGCAGCAGUCGGCCAGCAUCAAGAAGGACAGCGAGAAAGUCAUCUCCAAUCGAACUCUCCAACAACGACAAAUCCUCCUCAGAGGCUGAAAUUUCGGAUGCGGAGAGUGAGAGACCUGCGAAGCGACAGCCCGUCAAGAGGAAGCCAUUGUUUGACGAGGAUAGUGAUGAAGCUGACAACGGCAAGGAAACGCCUUCGACAUCGCCACCUGCUGAACCACCAUUGAAGGAAAUGCCCGCAAAUUCUGUCUCGAGAGGAGAGAUUCACAGUGAUGAUGAUGACGACGAUCAACCAGUCGUCAAGUCUACUGCUGCUGCGAGGAGGAAUGUAAGAGCUGGGUUUAUUAUUGAUGAUAGCGACGACGAGUAGAUGGAUAAGGUAUAUUUGUGAAUAACGCAGCACCUACCUCAUCCUUUC